GCACGACGGGAAGAGGAGAGUUCCCUAAAUGACUCACAGCUGAUAUAGGAUUUGAACUACAAUCCCCAAGAACACAGACUCAUUUUUUUUUUUUUUAGUUAGCGCAUGCGUCUUUUUAACCACACGCGCACGCGCUCUUCAAGUUUCCGGGACGAGUCCGUUUAUUUCUCAUAGCAGGAGACGGGAUCAUGGCUGUCCUCCUUCGAGCCGUGCCAAGGUUUCAGGGCCCAGCUGUGUGGGGGAGGCCUCUUCAUCGACUGUGGUACUGUACUGGGCAGGGAGAUUCCAGAAGGUGGGUGGGGAGCACGUCCCCCACCUCACAGGAGAAGCCACCAGGCACAGAGACUGAAAAGUUCCACACAAUCUACCGAUUCAAUGCCAUCAGAGUACUUGGGUAUGUGUCUCGGCUGAAGCUGGCUCAGACAGCUGUGACUGUGAUAGCCCUGCCUCCGGGCUUCUACUCGUACUCACAGGGCCUCAUGACCCUCAAUUCACUCUGCCUGGUGAGUGGGAUUGCCUGCUUUGCCCUGGCCAUGCUGUACUGGAUGAGCUACUUCUUCAGGAGGCUGGUGGGCAUCCUCUAUGUGAAUGAGUCAGGUACCAUGCUUCGAGUGGCCCACCUGACCUUCUGGGGAUGGCGACAGGACACGUACUAUGCCGUGUCAGACAUGAUACCUCUGACAGAAUCCAAGGACCAGGCCCAGGAAGUGUUUGUACGCAUCCAGCAAUACAGUGGCAAGCAGACCUUCUACCUUACCCUGCGCUAUGGCCGAAUCCUGGACAAAGAACGUUUCUCACAAGUGUUUGGAACCCUGACCACACUCAAGUAAAGAACAGCAACUAGGCCUAGGCCUCCCAUAUCCUUGGUUACACCGGAUUUUAGAGGGGAAGGCCAAGAACAUUGAUGAGGCAGAAGCUAAUACCCAUAGGCUGGGACUGAAGCUCCACGGUAGACUGCUCAUAUAGCAUGCAGGCAGUUCAAUCCCUAGAGCUGCAUAUAAGCAGGCAUGGCUGUGUGUGCCUGUACUCAGCUCUGGAGAUGGAGGCAGGUGCAGAAGAAGGUCAAGGUUGUUGUGGGCCAAAAAAGAAGAUGUUAACCACCUUUAGGAAAAAGCCCUUGGUUGAACAUUGUGCUCAAUAGGGCAUUUUAAAUACUAUGCCAAGAUCACUGGGGCAGCUCACUGCUAUGAAACCAGAAGGCAGAGGAACAUAGACUUGGAGUCUGGAGACUUGGGUUCUGCUGGACCUCAGCUCCUUGACCUGGGGCAGGCUAUUAAGUCUCUGAGCCUUGAAUUGCACUGGGAGAUAGAAGAGCCUUCUUCUCUCGUGGGGAUGGAUGUAAAAAUAGCCAGUAAUGGCUGAGGCUGGACAUGUAGCUGUGUGGUAGAGCUCUUGACUAGCAUGUAUAAGGCCGUAAGUUCCACCCUCGGCUCCACAGAAGAGACAUACCAGUACAUGCUGCAUGCUGUGCCAGGGCAGCAGCCCAGAGUUUAUAGCACUGAGGGAGGCUUCCAGGUGGCCUGCCCCAUUUGCACCCGCCAGCUUGGUGGCUAGUGCCGAAGCCUAAAGUGGGCUUGUUUUUCUCCCAUCAGGAAGUCACUGUGAUGUGGGAUGUCCUUCUGUAUAUGUGUUGCCAUAUUGGUUGGUGAAUAAAGCUGCUUUGGCCUACAG